AAUGACUUCCAUAGUCCGACUCUGGUUUCACUCCCUCCUCAAUCACGCCACGUUUGACUUGAUCCUCUGGGCCGAGCUUCGCCACAUCGCCUGUUCCCAACUAAGACCAAAGAAGAAGAAGAAAAACAAGUCCAGACAAAAAGUUGUCUGUCUUCUCUUCCAUCUCCGUGGUGACGUGUCGACGCGUCUCGGCAUGCGGGAGUGAGCGGCAUGGCUUCGGCCGUGUUCGAGGGCACGUCGCUGGUCAACAUGUUCGUGCGCGACUGCUGGGUGAACGGCGUCCGACGGCUGCUCAUCAGCCCGCGGGGCGACCAGGAGGACUUCUUUGAGAUCCGCACCGAGUGGUCGGACAGGAACGUGCUCUACUUGCACCGCAGCUAUUCGGACUUGGGGCGACUCUUUCGGCGCCUCAACGACUCGUUCCCCGAGGACAGCGGAGACCUGUCAGCCUCGCCUCUCACCCAAGGCCUGGUGAAAAUCAAAGAAGCAAACGACAUUGAGGAGAAGCUCAACGAGGUGGAAAGGCUGCUGAAGAACGCCAUCAACAUGCCGUGCAAGUAUUCCAGAUCGGAAGUGAUGCUGACUUUCUUUGAGCGCUCGCCGCUGGACCAAGUGCUCCGAAACGAUAAAGUGCACAGAAUCCAGCCCUGCUUCCAGAGUCCGGUCAACAUAUCGGAGAUCAUGCGCUCAAAUGGCUUCUGUCUAGCCAAUACGGAAACCAUCGUGUUUGAUCAUAAGCUGCCAGACGACAAGGAGAGGCCGUCUUCCACAGACUCUGCAGAGCACACGUAUGACGACGGACUCGAGUUCUUGCCCAUGCAGGCGGACGCAUGCAAUGAGGAAACAGAGGCGUACGUCACCAACCUGUCCUACUACCACCUGGUCCCGUUUGAGACUGACAUCUUGGAAUGAGGAGCUGGCUUCUUUGAUGGCCUCUCCCAAGAAACUGCUCAACCAUUGAAGGAUGGAAAAACCAUCAGCGAGAUGGCACCAGUGGGACUUUUCAAGUCGGCCAUCUUGGAGGAUGUCUUGGCAAAAUAAAACACGCUACCUUGAAGUCAAAGUCAACAGUUUAACACCUACUCUGGAGUUCCCGUGGGAUUACAAUAAGUCGUUAGGAAGCGCUUUCUGCCAUCUUUGUUUUUUGUGCUAUUUUAGUGCACCUAAUGCGUCCCCUCAAAGAGGAUUUGCUUCGUGGACUUUGAGUCUUUGACGGCUAAAGCGAUGGAUUAUUUCUCAUGGAAGUGUUGAAAAAAAGAAAAAAACUUCUCGGUGUGCCACCUGGAACCCUUCGUGGUCCCUUCAACAUUUCAUGUUAUGCAGCUAAAUUUGCACACUUGUUUGACAGCAGUCCUCUUGCAAGAAUUAUUCAGUCGUGACUUCCAACCAUCUGUUUUCAAUAAUGCUUGUUCAGUAGGGCUGCAGAUGAGCUGAAGCCAGCUGACUUUGGGGAGAGGCGGGGUACACCCUGAACUGGCUGCCAAAUGACCAUUCUCACAUAUAUUGGCAGUUUAGUCUUACGUUAACCCAACAUGAGGCCAAACUACUUUGAGACAACCCACCCAAGGAAGGCCAGAGCUAGGAUUCAAACAUGUGAGGCUGAUGUGCAAACCACGAGUCCACUGCACUAAUGACUUCAAGUCCAAUUGUAUUUCAAGUCGGAUUGUAAUGUCAGGAGGAGAGAAUGAGUGUUGGGGUCACGUGAUGCUCUGAAUCACCAUCAGAAAGGACGAGGGGCCAUGUGAGGUCAGUGGGUUUACUAAGGACCUGAACGUGGCACUCCAUUGUAGCAGGGGCACAAAACUGGCCUCGGAUUUAAACUAUUAAGCAAACAGCAGAUUCAUUUAUUUUCUCUUGGAUGGGUCCUCCCAUUCGAGGGUGGCACUUUUGCUUUUCUUCAGUGUCUUCAAUCAACAGCGACUGCAGACAAUAUGGUAGAUUGUAAACUUUUUUUGUUUGCAACUGAAUCCGCUUUUGUCCCUUGAGAGGAGAAGACACGUCAUGAGGGCUCACGACAACUCACAUCUAGUAUUGUGCCCCCCUGCAAAUUCCAAGGCAUUCAAGCCUCACAAAGUUGGCACACGAGGCCUCAGCAUGGCUCUGUUUAGUAACACAGUCAUGAUCGCCAUUCAGCCAGUGAGAAAGUACAGCUCGUUCUCACUGAGGAGGUUUUGGUGGUUUUGCGCUUUGCCGUUGUGAAAUACAUUGCUUAAAAGUUAAGACAGUUGGAAUAACCCUACAUAUCCUGCUGCAUAGCAUACUAUAUGAAAUACUGGUACAGCAAAUCAAUUUUAUGGUGACAAGUGUAGCUGAUAAAUCUGAAAUAAUAUGACAGCUUUAUUAUAUUUUAAUUUCUUAAUGUGAAUAAACAGGAGGAGUUUAAUGAGGAUUAUAUUGACAGGAAUGUUUGUGAAUUUUCUGUCAACUUACAGUAUUAAAAUGUAUUUUUUCAAAGGUCUUCAAACCAAUGUUUCUAAUAAAAUGACCAGUAACAAAGAA